AUGACGAAAACAAAUAUUACAUUAGCACUUCUCUUCACCCUCCUCACCUUCAUCGAUGUCUCAACCAGCUCCUCCGUUGUAUUCAACGUCGUUAGCUUCGGGGCCAAACCUGACGGAGUCACAGAUUCGACGGCAGCAUUCCUCAAGGCAUGGCAAGCGGCUUGUGUCUCGGCAUAUUCAGCCACUGUGAUGGUUCCGACUGGUACGUUUCUAGUGAAGGGGAUAACGUUUACAGGGCCAUGCAAGAGCAAGCUCAAGUUUCAAGUAGCCGGAACCGUCGUUGCUCCAGCAGAUUACUGGGCAUUUGGAAACUCUGGCUACUGGAUUCUCUUCAACAGGGUUAGCAAAAUGUCACUUGUCGGUGGGACUUUCGACGCUCGGGCUAGUGGGUUCUGGGCUUGCCGGAAAUCUGGUCAGAAUUGUCCUCCCGGUGUUAGGUCCAUAACGUUCAACGGCGCAAAAGACGUGGUCAUAAGUGGAGUGAAAUCGAUGAACAGUCAAAUGUCCCAUAUGACCCUCAAAGGUUGCACCAAUGUGGCUGUCCGUAACAUCAAGCUAGUGGCUCCCGGAAACAGCCCAAACACCGAUGGUUUUGGCGUUCAAUCCUCCACAGGAAUCACACUCACUGGAAGCACAAUUCAGACCGGAGACGAUUGUGUUUCUAUCGGCCCUGGCUCCCGCAACUUCCUUAUCUCCAAACUUAACUGUGGCCCAGGUCAUGGGGUUAGCAUUGGGAGCUUGGCAAAGACAUUGAACGAAGAUGGAGUAGAGAACGUGACAGUAUCGAAUUCCGUAUUCACCGGGACAACAAACGGCGUAAGGAUAAAGUCGUGGGCGAGGGCGAGUACUGGAUUCGUUAAUAAAGUCUUCUUCCAAAACCUAAUCAUGAAGAACGUCCAAAACCCUAUCAUAAUCGACCAAAACUAUUGUCCUACCCACCAAGGUUGCCCUACCGAGCAUUCGGGGGUAAAGAUUAGCCAAGUGACGUAUAGGAACAUACAAGGAACGUCCGCGACACAGCAAGCGAUGAAUCUGGCAUGUAGCAAGACCAAUCCAUGCACUGGAAUCACAUUACAAGACAUUAAGCUUACUUACAACAAAGGAACUCCUGCUACUUCCUACUGUUUCAAUGCUGUUGGGACUAGUCUCGGUGUUAUUCAGCCUACGAGUUGUCUCAACCGAUAA